GGAGUGCUUUCGUCAUACACGCCAAACUCAGCCGCCGUCACUUCACGCAACGAACACACAAGAUGGCGGGACGUAUUCUUCCAGUCGCGCUGGCGACUAUUGUUGGCGUGUCAAUUGGAGUGGCUACGUUUGAUGGAGAGUUCAAGAAACAGCGAAUAGCGCGGAUGGAGGAAGAGUACAAACGGGAACUCGCCGCUGCCGCUGCUUCGAGCACCACAAACCCCGUCCCCGUAGCAUCGAGUGCUGUAGCACCCCCACCUUCCGCACAACUACAGGCUAAGAAGGAGGAAGCUGUCGCAUCUGCGCCUGCUGACAAUUCAUGGUCGAACGUGCUCGGGCUAUGGGCAUGGAAGAAGGAUAACAAGACAGAAACCGCGUCUGCGAAUGCAACUGGCAGUGUUGAGAAUACCAAAAGCAAAUCCUGAAGACUUCCAU